UAAUUCAUGCGUUUAUGCCUUUGAUUAGUUGGAUGCCAGGUAUGGAAGAAGAUAAGCAAAAAACAGACGUCCAUUACCGAUCUUUGGAUGGCGAUGGCAAUUUCAGCUGGAGAUUUGUCUUUGGAUUUGAAUACUUGCCUGCAGAGCAGCUGUGUCUUGUAUCUAAAAAGGAAAAUUUCUGGAGCCUUGACAAAUCAGAGUUUAGAAUCCCACCCAAGCUGAUUGUUCAAAUAUGGGAUAAUGACAAAUUCUCUCUGGAUGAUUACCUAGGUGCUAUUGAACUUGAUCUGCACCACCUCAUCAACCCUUCUAAAACACCGGAGAAAUGUAGCCUUAGCAUGGUCCCGGAUGGAACCACACCUCCAAAGUCAGACCAGUUGAAGUCUCUCUUUGACCAGAAGGCAGUUAGAGGAUGGUGGCCAUGCUACAUGGAUAAAGAUGGCAAGAGGGAACUCGGUGUAAGUACAGCUAACGCAGUCUUUUUUAAUGCAUUUCUUUAUGGUGUGGCCAUUCAUUGUUCAAUCAAAUGGAUAUAAUCAGACCUUCUCUAC